UUCAUUUUAAUUCAAGUACCAGACAUGAAAAAAAAAGGACUUGGCUGCCAAAGGCAAAGCCUAAGCUUCAAAUUGAAUAUUAUCCUUUUGUCACUCUUCUUAUUGGUCUUACGGAGUUUUCCAAGUUGAAUUUACUUACUUAGCGAUGAAUACUAUUCUCAAGUCUGUCCAAUAUCUCUGUCAUUUUCAAGAAGGCAAACCAUGAUACAGAGAUGUGACUACCGUUUGUCAUCUAGCAACCUUGCUGCAAUCAGUCACCUGCUCCUUUUGAGUGAUAUAUGUAAUGAAAUUAAACAAGCUCAUACUUUCACAUUAAAGUCGCCAUGGCUCCUCGAACUCCAAGACUAGUAAUCCCCAUAGACCUAAAGAAAAAGCCAUGGGAACAAAAGUUACCACUCCACAACCGUUGGCACCCAGAGAUACCUCCUGUAACAGAGAUUAGAACAGGGGAGAUGUUCCGAAUUGAGAUGGUUGAUUGGACAGCAAGGGCUAUCCAAGAUAAUAACUCUGCAAUUGAUGUAAAAACCAUUGAUCUAUCCACUGUCCAUUAUCUCAGUGGGCCAAUAAGAGUCGUAGACACAGAUGGAAAUCCCGCCGAACCAGGUGACCUUCUUGCCGUUGAAAUAUGCAACUUGGGGCCUCUCCCUGGUGAUGAAUGGGGUUUUACAGCAAUAUUUGACCGAGAGAACGGUGGAGGAUUUCUAACGGACCAUUUUCCCCGUGCAACUAAAGCCAUUUGGUAUUUCGAAGGCAUAUAUGCCUACUCACCUCAUAUACCAGGUGUAAGAUUUCCUGGCUUAGUUCAUCCUGGAAUAAUUGGAACAGCGCCUUCAAAAGAACUACUCAAUAUCUGGAAUGAGAGGGAAAGAAAGCUUGAAGAAACUGGACCCCAAUCUCUCAAAUUAUGUGAGGUCUUGCAUUCAAGACCAUUGGCUAACCUACCAUCACCAAAAGGGUGCAUUCUUGGCAAGAUUCCAGACGGAACUCCAGAGUGGAAUAGAAUUGCCAAUGAAGCUGCACGAACAGUACCUGGACGUGAAAAUGGAGGAAAUUGUGACAUCAAAAAUCUCAGCAGAGGUUCAAAAAUAUACCUUCCGGUAUUUGUAGAAGGAGCGAACCUCAGUACUGGUGAUAUGCAUUUUUCUCAAGGUGAUGGAGAAGUAUCAUUUUGUGGGGCGAUUGAGAUGAGUGGCUUCCUAGAGCUCAAGUGUGAAAUUAUAAGAAACGGAAUGAAAGAAUAUCUCACUCCAAUGGGACCCACACCUCUACAUGUAAACCCAAUAUUUGAGAUAGGGCCCAUGGAGCCAAGAUUCUCAGAGUGGUUGGUGUUUGAGGGCAUCAGUGUAGAUGAAAGUGGACAACAGCACUAUCUUGAUGCCAGUGUUGCAUACAAGCGUGCAGUACUAAAUGCAAUUGAUUACCUCUCAAAAUUUGGCUACACAAAGGAACAGGUGUAUCUUCUACUUUCGUGCUGUCCCUGUGAAGGAAGGAUUUCAGGAAUCGUUGAUGCCCCCAAUGCUGUUGCCACCCUUGCCAUUCCAACUGCUAUUUUUGACCAGGAUAUUCGCCCAAAGGUCCAUAAAGUGCCUCUUGGGCCAAGACUUGUGAGGAAUCCAGGAAUUCUGCAAUGUACUUAUGAUGGCAGCCUGCCAAUCACCAAAAAUCCCUCGCUUCAUUAACUACAAGGGAGCAGCUGCAAUAUGGAUGCUCGUUCUUGAGCAGGUGAUGUGCAUGUACAGCUACUGCAGGAAGAUAGAACCAAGUUGAACGAAGCAUACCUGAGAUGUACAAAGCCUAACUAGACCUUCUAAACAUCUAAAGAUGUAGACAUGUUCCUCUUAAAUGUAAUAGCUCAGUAUUACCAGUGAGACCAUAAGUAGCUUUUGAAUCGUAAAAUGGAAAACUUUAUACUAGAACUAA